UUACAAAAAGAUGGCGGCUGAAUGGCAAUGGGGGUGCAUAAAUCUGAAACUAGGGUUAGGACUGUUAAUCGUUUUGCUAAUAACAACUCAUUUAGCAAGUGGUCUAGUGUGUCAUUGUGAUCCAUGUGAUGAAUAUGAAACUGUCAAUCAAACAUGUGUUACAAGCUCCUUCAGUAAAUGUUUUGCUGCCAAAGAAGUGAUUAAAGAUAAAGGUGGGGAGAUUGAGAGAUCAACUUAUGGUUGUUUGGCAGAUGAUGAUGGGCCACUCCUACAGUGUAAUGGAGAUAAAUCACCCCAUCAUUUACCUAGAACAAUCAAAUGUUGUGAUGAUAGAGAUGAAUGUAAUCUAGAUUUAGAAUUAAUAUUAACGGAAGUCACAACACCACCUUACCCAGAAUAUAUGAAACCCCAGAAAUAUGAAAGUAUUACACAAAUAGCCUUACUGAUAUCUAUUACAGUAUGUCUAAUAAUACUGAUAAUAACUGUUACAUUUGUAUAUCUCAGAUAUAGAAGAAGAGAAUUAGAAAGAAGACAGAUACUAGAAGAAGCUGAACAUGAAAACUUUAUAACUAAUGGUGAAACACUAUCAGAAUUAAUAGAGCAAUCACACAGCUCAGGUAGUGGCUCUGGUCUUCCAUUGUUGGUUCAGCGAACAAUAGCUAAACAGAUACAUCUAGUACGAAGUGUUGGUAAAGGUAGAUAUGGGGAAGUAUGGAAAGGUAAAUGGAGGGGUGAAAGUGUAGCUGUUAAAAUUUUCUUCACAACAGAAGAAGCUAGUUGGUUCCGUGAAACAGAACUCUACCAAACUGUUCUGUUGAGACAUGACAAUAUUUUAGGCUUUAUUGCAGCCGAUAUUAAAGGAACUGGAUCGUGGACACAACUAUUUUUGAUCACAGAUUACCAUGAAAAUGGUUCACUGUAUGACUAUCUGAAAUCACAUAACCUGGAUACAUCCGAGAUGAUUGCUCUAGCUCAUUCAGCAGCAUGUGGUCUCUCACAUUUACAUACAGAAAUAUUCGGAACUAGAGGUAAACCAGCCAUGGCUCAUAGAGAUAUAAAGAGUAAGAAUAUAUUGGUUAAGAAGAAUGGUACAUGCUGUAUAGCAGAUUUAGGUCUUGCUGUACGAUUUAUAAGUGAAUCCAGUGAAGUUGAUCUAGCACCUAACACUCGACAAGGAACGAAACGUUAUAUGUCACCAGAAGUUUUAGACCUAACAUUAAACAGACAUCAUUUUGAUGCAUUUAAACAAGCUGAUAUGUAUUCAUUUGGUUUAGUUCUAUGGGAGAUUGCUAGACGGUGUAUAUCAGGAGGUAUUGUGGAGGAUUAUCAAGUACCAUAUUAUGAUUGCGUACCAAGUGAUCCAAGUUUUGAAGAUAUGAGAAAAGUUGUUGGUGUAGAAAGAAUUAGACCAAGUAUUCCUAACAGAUGGCAUAGUGAUUGGGCAUUGAAAGUUAUGUCUAAAGUAAUGGCAGAGUGUUGGACGCAUAAUCCAGCUGCCCGUUUAACAGCAUUACGUGUGAAGAAAACGCUGGGAAAGAUGAACGACAAUUCAGAUGAAGGAGAUAAAUUAUGACCUUUGAACUGCUAAAUCCACGAAGAUACUAAAGGUGUGACAACAGUAAAAUAUCUUUCUUUCAAAAUCACACUGCUGAUUAAUGGCAUCAAAUACGUGCUCACAUCACCUCCAUUAAAUCAUCAUUGUUGUAUAUAUAGUCAUUUUUAUAGUCAGUAAGUUCCUCUUACAAACAUUUAUAUACACCUAGAUAUGUUGACAAGUUAACCCCAGGGGUUCAUCACCUUUAUAAAGGUCAUCUUUUGUAUUGUAAUUGUAUAUAAACUAUAAAUAUGUAUGUAGAACAUCAUUGUUUAUAUAGGCAGUCAAAUUUUAUGUGAACUGAACUGAAAUGUAAUCAGUUUUCUCAGGAAUUCUAUUCAUUAAACCCUGAAAGCUUUAUUUUUAUUCGAGCAAAACUUCAGAUAUUCUGGAUACUGGUAUCUAAUUAUUAAAUGACAGUCAUUAUAAAGUCUGCAUCUAGGUAACUUUUCAUAUAAUGAUCACAAAAUGUAUUGUAUACCAUUAUACACUGCUUGCCAUAAGGCACAUUCGGGUUUUUGAAAGAGUCAGAUUUAGACAUGGUGAGAUCCUUAGCAAUAUAUAGAUUGGAGUACUGCCUUGGAGGUUCCUUAUUAAAAUGUAGCACCAAAAGGAUUCCAAGAGGUACUUACCAAAACAGGACCUUCGAUCAUCACCAAAAAAAUAUAUGUAUAUGACUUAAUUAUUUGCUAGUAUGGUAUUUAGAAUGAAAAAAAAAAACAAUAUUAUUUUCAAAUGAAUGCAUUUACUGAUAAUUUAUCAUUUGACUGACUUGAUCUUUGUCAUAGAUUAUAAUAUAUUAUACACUGAAAAAAACAAACUUGUAUGUAAUUUAUAAAAUAAUUUUAAGUUGCUUUAAUAUAUAAAAUGCUGACAAAUUAAGUAAUUGGGACGACUUUUAUUCAUAUAAAUGAUAAUGAACUAGUUUCCAAGAUCAGAAAACUGAUAUCAAAUACAAGGUAAAAAAGUUUUGAAAGCAAAAAUAUAAAUCAGAAAUUUUAUCAGGCCAAACACUGUAUGUUGUUUAGCUUAUGCUUAAAUCCAGCACUGAUUGUCAGCAUUAUAUUAAAUCCCAGGUGUAUAAUAUAUUACAAGUGUUUCACGUAAACAUUGUGGUAGUUAAAGGGGAAGUCCCAUUAGUAAAAGACUGCUUUUAUUUAUGGUGCCUGGUGAAUCUGAGACAGCCUCUUUAACGGACCCCAACAUCUGCAUUAUAAUGAACCGUAGUGUACUAAGACUGUAAAACCACAAAUUAAUUCAAGAAGUAUUAUAAAGUGUUGCAUUAAUUUUUAAAUCCAUUUUUAUACGCCCAAGUGGAAAUGUGGUCGUAUAUUGCCGUCGCCCCCGUCCGUCCGUGGUCCACAAUUUCUUGUGAACACUCUACAGACUACAUUUAUCAUCUGAUUGUUUUGAAAUUGAUAUAUGUUGUUUGCAUUAGUGAGAUGAAGAAACCUAUUUAAUUUCAAUAACUUCCGUUUAUUUCGUCUUGAGUUAUGGCCCUUGUUUCACUUUGUUGCACCUUGUGAACGCUCUAACGACAAAAGUUAUCAACCGAUCUGUAUGAAAUUUAUAUGCAUCAUUUAAAUUAGUAAAACAAAGAAUCCUAUGGAAUUUCAGCAAUAUCCGUUAAUUACAUCUAGAGUUAUGGCCCUUGUUUCACUUUGUUGAAUCUUGUGAACGCUCUAAUGACAACCGUUAUCAUCCAAUCUGUUUGAAAUUGAUAUGCAUCAUUUAAAUUAGUGAAAAGAAGAAGCCUAUUAAAUUUGAGCAAUUUCCGUUAAUUAUGUCGUGAGUUAUGGCCCUUGUUUCACUUUGUUGUACCUUGUGAAUGCUCUAACGACAAAAGUUAUUAUCCAAUCUGUAUGAAAUUUAUAUGCAUCAUUUAGAUUAGUAAAACAAAGAAGCUUAGUGAAUUACAGCAAUUUCCGUUAAUUACAUCUAGAGUUAUGGCCCUUGUUUCACUUUGUUGCUUCUUGUGAACACUCUAACAACAAAAGUUAUCAACCGAUCUGUAUGAAAUUUAUAUGCAUCAUUUAAAUUAGUAAAAAAAAAGAAGCCUAUUGAAUUUCAGCAAUUUCCGUUAAUUACUUCUAGAGUUAUGGCCCUUGUUUCACUUUGUUGAAUCUUGUGAACGCUCUAAUGACAACAGUUAUCAUCCGAUCUGUUUGAAAUUGACAUGCAUCAUUUAAAUUAGUGAAACGAACAAUCUUAUUGAAUUUCAGCAUUUUCCUUUAAUUACGCCGUGAGUUAUGGCCCUUGUUUCACUUUGUUGUACCUUAUUUAUGCUCUAACGACAAAAGUUAUUAUCCGAUCUGUAUGAAAUUUAUAUGCAUCAUUUAGAUUAGUAAAACAAAGAAGCUCAUUGAAUUUCAGCAUUUUCCGUUUAUUACAUCUAGAGUUAUGGCCCUUGUUUCACUUUGUUGAAUCUUUUGAACGCUCUUAUGACAACAGUUAUCAUCCGAUCUGUUUGAAAUUGAUAUGCAUCAUUUAAAUUAGUGCAACGAAGAUGCCUAUUGAAUUUCAACAAUUUCCGUUAAUUACACCAUGAGUAAUGGCCCUUUUUUCACUUUGUUGUACCUUGUGAAUGCUUUAACGACAAAAGUUAUUAUCCGAUCUGUAUGAAAUUUAUAGGUAUCGUUUAAAUUAGUAAAACAAACAAGCCUAUUAAGUUUCAGCAAAUUUCCAUUAAUUACAUCUAGAGUUAUGGCCCUUGUUCACAUUGUUGAAUCUUGUGAACGCUUAAACGACAAAAGUUAUCACCCAAUCUGUAUGAAAUUCAUAUGCAUCAUUUAAAUUAGUGAAAUGAAGAAGCCUAUUGAAUGUCAGCAAUUUCUGUCUAUUACUUCUAGAGUUAUGGCCCUUGUUUUACUUUGUUGAACCUUGAGAACAUUCGAACGACAAAAGUUAUCAUCUGAUCUGUAUGAAAUUGAUAUGUAUUAUUUGAAUUAGUAAAACGAAAAAGUCGAAUUUCAACAAUUUCUGUAGAUUACUUCCAGAGUUACAGCCCUUGUUUUAGUUUUUAGAACCUUGUGAACCCUCAAACAACGAAAAUUAUAAUAUCAUUUGUAUGAAAUUGUCUAUUAAAUGUCCCCUAAUUACCUACAAAAGAACAAAUAUACGACAACUCUUGUCGACCGCUCAGACGAUUUAGCUGCUGUGGGCGUAUGUUUAGUUGCCUGGCAACCUAUCUUUGUCCUGUAACAUAAGAAGAAUAUGGACAUAACAAUAUCACAGUCAACAAGGAAUAAUGUGAUGGUAGACUAAUUAUAGUCAUUGACACCAGUGAUGUCAUUGACUAAUGUCUUGCUUAUGUUAAAAUUACAAAAAAGACACCCAGGGUACAGCAGAUCUGGUUAAUUUCCUGGAUUUCAGUUACAAAAGAAAUCCUACUUCUGCAUUUAGUCUUCAAUUGAUCAAUAGCAAUAUAUUCACACUUAUUUUUUUAAACAUCUCAUGUAUAAAAUUAUAUAUAAUUAUAUAAAAAGGGUAGUUUAAGGUUAUGAUAAUAUUUGUCUAAAAUUAUAGAAUAAAUCAUAUAAAGAAAUCACAAUGCAAAUAAGAGAAAUCCACAUUUUGUUUAUCAUACUCAAUUAGAAUUUCAUUUACCGUUAAUAUUAAAUAAUAAUAAUAACGUAUUAUUUGACUUAUAUCUUAAUAUGUAAGAUGUUCAUAUAUAAGAAUCAUUAUUUUAUUUUUGCUUCAAGGAGCAGUGAUCAACUUUUUUAUAAUCAAAAAUUACAAAGCAUUAAUUAAUCCUCGGCUGGAUUGAUAGACAAGUCUUCAUUCGUUGUAAUUAUUUAAUGUUAUUAAAUCAUGCGGGUAUUUUUUUUUUUUGUCUGUUUAUUUACAUGUUAUUUAGUUUUCUAAAAAAAACUUAAUUCAUGAAAAUACAAGUUCUAGUAUAAAUAAUGGUUUUUGUAUUGGCAUUUAUGUGAAUAUUUUUCUUUAUUUAAUCGUUUUGACACUAAUGCUUCCAUUAUUUUUCUGAUCUUGAAUAAUACACAUACACUCAAAGCCAUUAAAAACGCAAUGCCAAAUUCAAAGUUUAUUUACUGCGACAACUUUUAACAAAUGUACAUAACAAUUGACAAAAUUGAGAUAACAAGCAUCUGUGGAUAAUUUCAUGAAAGAAUUCACUACAAAUGGACAAAAUCAAAGCAGGGGUCAGCUGAAGUCAAUAUCGGGUAUGUCCACCCUGAGCUCUUACACAUACUUGAAGUCGCCUUGGCAUGGACUCGCACAGAUGUCUCACUACACGCUGUGGGAUUGUUUGCCAAUGAUUUUGGAGUGCCUGUGCCAACUCUGCAACAGUUCGUGGUGGCACGGCUUGAGUUCGAACCCGUCGUCCCAGUUCAUCCCAAGGUGUUCGAUCGAGUUCAUGUCGGGAGACAAAGCGGGCCAAUCCAUAACACAGACAUGAUGAUUGUUCAGAAAGUCUCUUGUCAACCUGGCAGUGUGGGGUCGGGCCUUGUCAUGCUGGAAAACCAUCUGCCGACAGACCCCAUGUUGAGCCAGCAAUGGAAGCAACACCAGACGAAGUAUGGCGUCAACAUAAUGUUGAGCGUUGAGAUAACCUUUGACCACCUCCAACUGGGACCGGAAGUUGACGUUGAUAGCGGCCCAAACCAUCACGCCACCUCCCCCAAAACGAUCCCUUUCCAGCACACAGUUACGAGCAAAGCGUUCAUGUCGACGUCGGUAGAUAUGGUGACGUCCAUCAGGAAAACUGAAGUUGAAUCGGGAUUCAUCUGAGAAGAUGAAAUAUCGCCAUGGUGUGUUGUGCAGAGACCCCUAAUUUGCGGCCCAUUGCUGUCUGGCAAGUCGAUCACGAUGCAAAAGAAUUCGACCAAGAGCAGCCACGCACCUUCGGACUGUUUGAGGGCUGAUCUGAUGUUGCCAUGUUCCAACAGUUCCCCUGGCAGUAGGAGUAGCUGACUGGAACCUGUUGCGCACAUGCUGUAGUUGGAUGUGGCAAUCUUGAGCAGCGGUUGUUACAAGUGGCGCUCCAGGUUCAAACCCAGAACUCCACAGAAAGAAACCCAUCAAAAGUUUCACCUAUGUGCCAUAAGAUAGGAAAGCCCAAGAAAACGUUUACCAGAAAUAUUUCACGAAUUAGGCAUUGGGUUUUUAAUGGCUUUGAAUGUAGUUAAAUUUAUUGAGAUUUGAAGUUUGGUUAUUUUCAGACUGUUUUUUUAAAAUAAUAUGGUCACAAGACAAACACAUGUACAUCACCAUGGCUUUUGCAUAGAAAUUUUUCCAGACAGACAUUUUUGUUGACAUCACACUAGUAAGAAAACUGUUAUCUAGCUUUUAAAGACACGAUAUUCCAGACUAUAUUCCAGACUAUUCGGCAAAUAUAUCAUUUUAGAUAAGAAGCAAUAAAUAAAAGCCCUGAUAUACAUGCCUUUUAAGAAUGGCUAUUGUUUAAUUACACUUGAUUAGAAUUAUUUUGUGCCAAAUACCAAUUAGUUCGGUGGUUUUGCCUCUUUAAGGAGGAAUGAGAAGUUUGUUCCCACUCAUUAGAAUCUUAAUUAAAUGUGUAUUUUUGUGAUUUUGUUAGACAUUUUUACUUAUUUUCUGCUCAUUUCGUUGAACACCUGGAAGACCAUCUGAAAUCAAAAGACUUCGACCUAGGAAUUUCCUUAGUGAAAGUUUGCCCAGAAUAAUUUGAUAAUUGUUACACAUUGCCCUAGUGUUUUAUUUUUUUUUUUAGAAAUUAUUGUACAUAAUUCAUUUAUAAUCAAAACUUAUGAAUUUUAUUUGUGGCAUUAUACAAUAUUAUAUUUUAUUUUGUUUAUCGUUUUCAUAUUAUAUUGGAUUUAAUACAAGAACCUCAUGUUGAUAUCAUUGUUUACUUUAUGACUACUGGAAGAGAUUUGUAGAAUGAUGAUUGAAAUUAAAGAGUUUCCUCCCUUUUUACCCUAAUCCUGUGAAUGGAUUUUAUAUAUGAAAGAAUGUUGUUAGAAUAAGAACAGAUCUUAUGAUCAGUGUUUAAGUAUGCUAGAAUGUUGUUAGAAUAAGAUUUUAUAAUGAACCUGAAGAACAGAUUUUAGUUACGAAUGAAUGGCUUUAGAAUAAAAUUUUAUGAUGAAGUCAAAGACAAACUUUUCAUUCAGUAAAUAAUGUAAAUAAUUCUGAUUUGCUGUUUUGGCAAGAAUGUACUUAUAUAAAUAGCAGUAGUUAUGUCAUGAGCUGUCAUUUAUCAAACGAUUCAGAGGCUAAGAGAGAGGCACGAUAACGCGCUUUGCGUUAUGGUUUUGAGUUUUUGCACCCCCUCGCAAAUGGCAAAAAUCAUGCAGUUUUCAACAUUAUAAUCAAAAUGCUUAACCAAUAUCAAACAUAUACCAUCGGUCAGAUAUGCUACAAAUCGACUCAAGCAGCCCACUAUUACACCCUCCCCCUUCCCUGCACACACAUAAUAUUGUUUUUUGGGAGCCCCCACAGGAUCUUGUUCUUCAAGCAAAAUCAUUUGUUUAACUAUUAAUAACAAACUGUAUUGUUUUAGUAAGGAAUAGAUUUUUGUAUUUAAAAAAGUAAAUUAAAAAAAAAAGAAAAGAAUUUUGUAUGUUGACUAGUUGAAUUAUAGCUAAAAGCAU